UUGCUCAAGAUGGCGGCGUCCAUCCUAGCUGCGGGCUGGAGCGCAACUGCUUGAUGUAUUUGAAGCUUCAUACGUGAUCCUUUGUAACGCAUAUUGAAAUGGAUUCGGAAGAAGAACCUACAACCGCCGCAUCCAGCCAAACAAAGUUUUUAAACUUGUACGAUGACUCCAACAAGUACGCCGAGCACCUGCUCCGUUCUGUUGUACAAGCGACAAAAGCAGCUAAUGACCUGCCUGGAGCUGGAGAAGAUUUUGAGUACUUUAGUAGUUUUGCCAGUUUUCGUCAAGUUAUGCUGGCAGAAGGGAAGAGUGUACUCAAGAUGAUGUCUUCUUUGGCCAGUCACCAGGUUGGAAAAGGGAAGUUUGAAGGCCUUGACCUGGAGGAAAAGUUUGAUCUGCUAGCUGACAUCAAUGACACUGUGCUGGAGAGAGUGGGAAACAACCUUGACGAGGCAGAUGGAGUAAAGAAAAAGGCAGAUGAGGUUGUCCUCGUGUCUGUGACUGCAAACAGGCCUAUACACACCAGCUGGAACAAGAAGGACCGUUCCCGGGCAGCAAAGUUCCACCUGCUGGCGGCUAAAAACGUGACGCGGCCGCAGCUCACUUUUCGGGAAAAGGUGGACAACAGCAACACCCCUUUUGUUCCCAUCCUUCGAAACAAGCCACACUCUCUGAAGCCCCUUGCCCUGUUGCCUGAGCGCACAGCUGAUGGACAGGAAUGUUAUGGCCACCCUUAUGAGUGGGAGAUUGAGCACUUUGAGCCAUCGCCUGCACAGCUGCAGGCACCCACUGAAGAGAGACUUCCCCCACCUCUUGAGGAGACACCUUGCACGAUUGUGGAGACAGUCGAUCAACUAAAGGACAUGUGCACGGCACUGUCGAAGGAAACCGAGAUCGCUGUGGACUUAGAGCAUCAUUCAUACCGGAGCUUCCAGGGCUUCACAUGCCUGAUGCAGAUCUCAAGUCGCUCCCAGGACUACAUUGUGGAUACAUUGACUCUGCGUCAUGAAUUGCAAAUGCUCAACGAAGUUUUUGCCAACCCCAAGAUCAUCAAGGUCUUUCAUGGUGCAGACAUGGACGUAGUCUGGCUGCAGCGUGACUUUGGCCUUUACCUGGUGGGGCUGUUCGAUACAGGACAGGCAGCUAGGGUGCUCGGCCUGGCCCACUUCUCUCUGGCCUUCUUGCUCAAGCAUUAUUGUCAGAUAGACGCUGACAAGCGGUUCCAACUUGCUGACUGGCGCAUAAGGCCCCUGCCACCGGAAUUGAUUAAUUAUGCGCAGUCAGACACUCACUACUUAUUGUAUAUCAUGGACCGCCUUAAACAUGACCUAGCUGAUCGCAGCAAUGAAAAUGACAACCUGCUACGGUCUGUGUUUGACCGCAGCAAGCAGGUGGCACUUAAGCGUUAUGAAAAACCCAGCUACCACGAGCAGAGCUACAUGGAACUGUACCGCAAGAGCCGCAAGACGUUCAACAGUCGACAGCUGCAUGCCUUGUGCCACCUGUACAGUUGGAGGGACCGAACGGCUCGUAACGAGGAUGAGAGCACGGGAUAUGUGCUGCCCAACCACAUGAUCCUGGAGAUAUCAGAGAUCCUUCCAAGGGAACAGCAAGGCAUUGUAGCCUGCUGCAAUCCAUGCCCACCUCUUGUGCGACAGAACCUCAAUGAGCUGCAUGCUAUCAUCCUGAAAGCUCGAGACGUGCCUCUCAACCAGAGCCUGGUGCCAGAAAAGUCAUCCUGGCCAGUGGCUGUGCAAGUCGACUUGGAUAGCGUGCUUCACUGCGUCCAUGAUCAGCCCCGACAUGAGGAUGCAAGUCUGGCUCUUCCCACUCUUCUGGAUGAAGAUGGCGAGCCUGUGCCUGUAGAAAAGUGCAGUUCACAGCUGUUGACCAAAGCAGUGCCAAGUUUGGGGGCAAUAGCAGCCAAGGUCUCGUCUGCAAAACCAAGGGGUAGUAGCCUUGUCUUGCCAUACAAACGAUAUAAGGCUGCUGUGGAACGAGAUGGUCCUGAAGUUGAAUCUAUCGAGAGGGAGACAGCAACCGGUGAAUCACCUGUGCACCAAAUGGGUGAGGAGAAGGCCCAGUCUGGAGAGGUUAGUGAAGUCACAGAGAAAAAGCAGGAAGAGGAAGAAAAAGAAACUCUUGCAGCAGCCAUGGUAGCAGCCCCAUAUGAAGACACAACCCUGGCGGAGCCGCUGCGUACACCACGGAAGACACGAUGUGGACAGCGUGGCAAGAGGAAGAGGCCUGAGCCCGAUGUGGGACUGUUUCCUGAUGGCCAAACAUACAACUCACCUCAUGACAACAUGUCAUCUGACGGCACAGUUGAAGACAGCAGCAAAGGAGGAACCGAUUUUAAGCCCUUCGAUUACACAGCACAAAUACCUCAAGCUAAAGAGCAUAAAAAACAGCCUUGGAGUUACAAGCCCGAGGGGUCUGAUGACAUGAAGGCUGGAAAAAGGAAGCGAAGAAGACAGCAGGUCAAGAGCCACACAUUUGGAAACCACAGCGGCGAACCUGUUGCCAAAUGGCCCAAGCGGUGACCAGCUCACUCCACUGCAGCUGUGGGGGGAAGGGCAGUAAAAUUGUUUUCAUCUGC